UAACCUACAGUCCACCAACACAAAGACGGUAUCAUAUCGUUCUAUUGUGGUAUUUAACUGUUUAUAAUGAACCCUCAAUUCAAAUCCCUUAAUAUCAAUCAAAUUAAUAAUAAACAAUUAAUCAAUAUCUAGAAAGAGAGUUGGAAAUUUGUUAAAUGGGGCAGAUACAAUAUUCUGAAAAGUAUUUCGAUGAUACCUUCGAGUACAGGCAUGUAGUUCUUCCACCAGAAGUUGCCAAGCUUCUUCCCAAAAAUCGUCUUUUAUCUGAGACUGAAUGGCGUGCAAUUGGAGUGCAGCAAAGCCGAGGAUGGGUGCACUAUGCCAUCCACCGACCUGAGCCACACAUCAUGCUCUUCAGGAGGCCACUUAACUAUCAGCAGAACCAAGAGAACCAAAUUCAGUCUCACCAAACUCUGAUUGCAUAAUGAUUCAGCUAAUAUUGUAGUUUGAACCCGCAUCUCAUUUCUAGUAGAAAUGAGCACAUAAUUAUAAAACUAUUGAUUAUCCCGUUCAUGAAUAUUGUUUUAUAAUGUUAAAGUUACAGUAUAAAACUUGUGUUUUUUGUUUCUCUUAGCUAUGCAGUAAAAUACUGAUGAAACUUUAUUAGCA